AUGGCUAGAUCAGUGGGCUCGGGCCGUUCGUCAACAUGCGAUGGAGAAGUCAUCACAUGGGAGCUCAGGGUCAUAGAAGUGUUUGAGGAAGAAGAAGAAAAGAUCAAGCAGAACAGACUCCCGUUGAGGCCACUCUCCUUCUAUCCGAAGGAAAAGAAAGGAAACUGCUCAACGUGCAACUUCAGGUCCCUUCUCCUUUCUCCUUCUAAGUCAAAAAGGUUUAGAAAGAGGACGGUGGUGGGAAUAUGCCUGGUAGAGUCCAGUUGCGCUGUUGGAGAGACGUUCCUUUUGCUGAGCAACGGAGUACAAAAAAAAACGAAACCAAAUAAGAAAACCGACGAUGACACAGAAAAAAAUCGCAAACACUGGGACGAGAUAAAUCACACACCAGAAGCUGGAGCAGAAGUGGAUGCCUUUGCUCCUGAAGUUAUGGUAGAAGUGCCCAAAUCUGUUGGUUCCCUGUUAGUGGUGACUAGCCCCUUGAAGCCCCCAAUUGUUGCUAUGCCUAUUCAUUCCCUUCUAGGUUCAUCUGCCACGGCCUCCUUUGCUGAUCCAGAACUGGCAGAGUUUGAAGCCAUGGACUUAGAUGCCCAACUAGACAGAUUGGAGAUGCUUAGCUCUCCUGUAGGUAAGGCAAAAUCCAAGGCAGUGAAGGAGGCUAUGGAGAGGCUGAAGAUCUGGCAGUCUAAUGAACUGGAGUUGGAUGAGGAUAGGGAAGCCAUUGACCAACUGAUGAAGGAUCUGGACCUGCUUCAUAGACAUAACAUGUCCCCUAAACCUAUACUCGAGAUGAGCCUUGGUCUGGCAAGGGAUGUGCUCAACCCUCACGACCACUAUGAGGAUUUCAAGCCUACCUUCAAAACCUCAGAGUUCUGCAAGGCCACUCAUGAAGCCAACUUGGCUGAUUUGCAAAGUAGAAGGCAGAACUAG